CACUGCCAUCGCAAGCUCAACUUCACCGACAAUGUCACGUCAGGAAAGUGGUAACAAGAUACUUCCGCUCGAUAAAAUGACCGCGUCGGACUUGAUAAAGAUGCGGUUUUCUAAGCUCGAGGAAAGAGACACUCGCCAACGCGUACGUGAGCUCGAGCAUCUUGAAGAGCUGAUCAAGGCAGCCGAGAUUGCUUCGGUUCAGGCUGAGCAGCAGCGCGACCUGAAUAGGAUUAUGAAUGCCCGCGUCGCGAUCAACCGUUUUCCUGUCGAAGUGCUCCAGAAUAUAUUCGUGAUGAGCUGCACCUUCACGCUACCCGGACGCAAAUAUUCAUACUAUCGAUGCAACGACAUAAUCACCGUCUGGAACCCAACUUGGAUUCACAUGGCCAGAGCAGUCCGUCUCAUGUGUGUCUGCCAUCAUUGGAAUAAGAUCGCCUUGGGAACCCGGGGGCUCUGGAAUUGCAUCGAACCAGUCCAAGGUAAUGGAGAUCAUGUCUUGCUGGAGAGGUCCAUUCGAGGCCCGCUCAAGGUUCUGGUGUCGCAACUCAAAUUGGAACCCCAUUAUGCUGUUGCGCACGCUCUCCAAAAUGUGGAGUAUUCAUCCCGAAUUCAAGAGUUGUACUGGAUACUUCCCUCGGAACAUGAGAAUGGAGAAUAUCUUCGAAAAUAUUUUCGAAUGCCAGCGCCCUUUCUGAGGUCUCUUGCGUUGCACGGUGACUGGAAUCCUAUGCCAGAUGGAUCGCUCAAACUCUUCGACAACCACAUCCCAUGUCUGGAACGCCUGUCACUAUCAGAUGUGAAUUGGCUGCCCAGCAAUGCAUUCACCAAACUGACAUUCUUGGCUCUCAACUAUUGCAACGUGCCCAAAGCUCCGAUCAAAUUACGCGGCUUGCUUGCUGGAACGCCAAACCUAGUCGAUCUCAUCCUGCGAAAUAUAGCCGACAUUAGCUUGCCACGAGUCCGAUUGGAAAUUGAUGCUGCGGACAUGAAGCUUGUGUCGCUCCCUCGGUUGCGCCGGUUACUGAUCAAGGAUAUGUGGGCCGAUGAUAUCGAAUAUGUCUUCCGGGACGCUCAGCUGAAUGAAGACGUGUCCGUCUCAAUCAAACAUAUGAACAAGCGUGAUGAUGGCCGUCAAAUGUUGGAAUCGGUAUUCACUUGGUCACUGAAUGCCUUGAAGCAGCCGAAAGGACUGCAUUUUCGGCAAGACCUCGUCAUCGUCGCUGGAGCCUCUUCUGGUCUCCGUUUCGAGGUCGAGAGAGGCAUGACCCUGGAGGAUUGGAUCACAUUCAACGGGUUACAGAUGCUAUCCCUUUCCAGCAUCUCUCACCUAUGCACGUUUGAGCGGGACACAUGCAGAGUGCCGGGUCUUGAACGUGUCCGCAACCUUCUUAGGCAGAUGACCGCACUCGAGACAUUGUCCGUCAACAUUGAGAGCCUGACGAAGAUUGUCGAUGCGCUGGCACUCUUCCGAGAUCCAACCGACCCGCCUCUCUGUCCCGCACUGACGACGCUACGUAUCGCCAUCCGUUAUGAAAGCGACUGUGACAUCAUCCUAGACUCGGUCCUCCCGCACCGUGCGCAGCUUGGCGUCAAACACCUAUACGUCGGGCUGAUCAAUUUUUCGAGCACACACUGGAGACCUCGUCAAGCUGUAAAGGACCAACUGGAUGGCAACUUCGAGUCGGUGAAUUUUGAGGCACUAUGGAAUGAUAAGGCAUACAACAUUAGUUUGCCGCUGGUUUGCAAGGAGAACGUGUACGCUUUGUGGCCGCCCUGGCUUUAGAUAUUACUUAGACAAGAGAUCACAAUGAUACAUUCUGGCACCCCGAGGUACGGAUGAAGUACACUAGCUAAAUAUUACUCUCGUGAUCGUCCCUUUGCACUGUGUUUCGAUUGUCCUAACGAACAACACUAUGCAGACAAUGCUAGUCGUGUUGCACAUCAGUGCAAUAUUUUCUUAUUAGCGAUCCUCAGAUAUAACGAGCGUACGAGAAAGUUCAAUAAUGACAUAGAUUGUGA